GUGGCUCGUGCGGUGCACCGGACAGGCUGCCUCGCGCUGCCUUGAUGAACUCGACCUGGACCCGCACACAGCGCAGCAGCCCGUCAUGGGGGACGGUGGCGCGUCCUCGCCGGUGAGCUUUCAGAAUGGAUCGGGGAGCGGCGCGUCGGACGCGCCGGGCUCCGCCGCGGCCGCGUCCGAGCAGUGGAUGGCGGGGAUGAGUCUGGUGAUGGGUUUGAUUGUCUUGUGCAUCGUGUUCGGGAAUAUCCUGGUCAUCGUGGCCAUAGCCAAGACUCAGAGGCUGCAGACGCUCACCAACGUGUUCAUCGUGUCGCUGGCGAGCGCGGACCUCAUCAUGGGGCUGCUGGUGGUGCCGUUUGGCGCCGCGCUCGAGGUGCGCGGCUCGUGGUUGUACGGCUCCUUUUUCUGCGAGUUUUGGAUCUCCGUGGACGUCCUGUGCGUCACGGCCAGCAUCGAGACCCUGUGCGUUAUCGCCAUCGAUAGGUACGUGGCCAUCACCUCGCCUUUCCGCUACCAAAGCUUGUUGACCAAAGCCCGGGCCAAAGCGGUGGUGUGCGUCGUCUGGGCCAUCUCCGCGCUGGUCUCCUUCCUGCCCAUCCUGAUGCACUGGUCCCGGGACAGCGUUGACACAGCCUGCUACGACGACCCCGAAUGUUGCGACUUCGUCACCAACAGGGCUUACGCCAUCUCCUCAUCCAUCAUAUCUUUCUACAUUCCUCUUCUGGUCAUGAUAUUUGUUUACGCCCGCGUGUACAGAGAGGCGAAGAAGCAGCUGAGGAAGAUCGACAAGUGCGAGGGCAGGUUUCACAACACCUUAACCGGACUGACCUCCAAGUGCAAGAAGAGGCCGUCUAAAAUCCUGGCGCUCAGAGAGCAGAAGGCGCUCAAGACGCUGGGCAUCAUCAUGGGGACCUUCACCCUGUGCUGGCUGCCUUUCUUCAUAGUCAACGUCGUGCGGGUGUUUUGCGCAGAGGUGGUGGACAAGGACCUCUUCGUGUUCCUCAACUGGCUGGGGUACGUGAACUCGGCGUUCAACCCCAUCAUUUACUGCCGGAGCCCGGACUUCAGGAAGGCUUUCAAGAGGCUGCUGUGCUGCCCGAGGCAAGCCGACCGCAGGCUGCACAUCAGCUCCUGCGACCUGUCCCGGUGCUCCGGCGGGUUCGUCUCCGCUCUGGACCCCGGCACGCUGGGGCUGUGGUCGGAUUGCGCCGGCUUGGACCACAGCGACAGCAGCCUGGUGGGGACCGCGAAGCUGUCUCACUCUGAAUCACAGCUGUGAAGGAAAAAAACAUAAACUUUUGCGCAGGUGGAUUACAGCAGCGAGGGGAAAGGUGGUGACACAAACGGGCGUUUUUUUUUUCCUUUUGGAGAGGUACGCGCAAGAGCCGUACCUUAUAGUCUAAGCGGGUCCAAGUGGGUCUGCAUCAGAGAAGUUAAACAUCAGGCAAAAUCACCAGAAAUGUGUUUGAAAGCCAUAUUUUUAAAUGAGGCAUCAGGACCAGCGCUCUGUCCAAGAUGCGCAAAUCUCUCCAAGACACUUCGGUGCCGAUAGAUUUGAUCCAAUUUGCCAAAUAACACCGGACCCGAAAAUGUACUGAGGUGGCGCUGAUGAAUCAUCAAGGCUACAUGCACUUAAACCAGGAUCCAGUGACUUGACUCUUCCCGAAGAGCGCACACGCUCCUGCGUUUUGAUCAUUUUCUUGUUUUAUUGAACGAGCAGUUCAGCGCUAUAGAAGGAGGAGGAGGAAGAGGAGGAGGAUGGCGUGUUAAGGGGAGGUGGGUGUCUUGUAAGUUAACAGGUUCUUAAGAUGACCGCUCAGGCGCACUGUAAUGAACCGGCUGCUGGACCCGAGCGAGGCAUUUGUCAGAGUGUGACCAUGUAGUGCUCACAAUGUGUUUUACCUCACAGCCAUCGACAAGUGCAAUUUGUACGGCAGGUAUUUGUUUAUAUUAAACAUUUAUGUAACAUAGAUGUAUUUAUUCCGCGCUGUCUUUUCCAACUAAGGAAGUAUACGUGGGCCUGAUCCCCACGCCCUUUGUACUGUACAUAUUAUAGGAUGUGGUGUUAAGUACUGAAGCGAGGAGCCUGUCCUUUAAAGCUUUACAUGCUGUUGUGAGGUGGUGUGUUUGACUCCUGUGAA